AGCAAGUAGCAUCUUUAGUUGUUUUUUUGUAAGUUUUAUAACUUCUUGAAUAUUUAGUUAUAAUGGCGACAUCAAAAACAACGAAUACGUAUAAUCGGCAGAAUUGGGAAGAUGCGGAUUUUCCAAUCUUGUGUCAAACCUGUCUUGGUGACAAUCCAUACAUUCGUAUGACUAAGGAAAAAUAUGGCAAAGAGUGUAAAAUUUGUGCUAGGCCAUUCACAGUUUUCCGAUGGUGUCCAGGGGCAAGGAUGAGGUUCAAGAAAACAGAAGUAUGUCAGACAUGUAGUAAGCUGAAAAAUGUUUGCCAAACUUGUUUAUUGGAUUUGGAAUAUGGUCUUCCUAUUCAAGUACGAGAUGCAGCAUUAAAGAUGAAAGAUGAUGUGCCUAAGAGUGAUGUGAAUAAGGAAUAUUAUAUACAAAAUAUGGAAAAGGAAUUAGCAAUGGGUGAUGCUGGAGCUAUCUCUGGUAGUAAAGUGAAUGAGCCUAAUGAAAUUCUAAUGAGACUUGCAAGAACAGCUCCUUAUUACAAAAGGAAUAGGCCACAUGUGUGUUCAUUUUGGGUGAAAGGAGAAUGCAGAAGAGGGGAAGAAUGUCCUUAUCGACAUGAAAAGCCCACUGAUCCUGAUGAUCCACUUGCUGAUCAAAAUAUUAAGGACAGGUAUUAUGGUGUUAAUGAUCCUGUGGCUGACAAAUUGCUUAAGAGAGCUGCAGCAAUGCCUGCUUUGCCACCACCAGAUGACAGAAGUAUUACGACAUUAUAUAUUGGUAACAUUGGCUCUCUAUUGGAACAAGAUUUAAGAGAUCAUUUCUAUCAGUAUGGUGAGAUUAGAUCUUUAAGUGUAGUGGCAAAGCAACAAUGUGCCUUCGUACAGUACACGACUCGACUGGCUGCAGAAAAUGCGGCGGAGAAAACAUUCAACAAAUUGAUUCUUGGUGGACGUCGUUUAACUAUUAAGUGGGGACGUUCACAGGGUCGAUCUGGAACUUCUGUAGUAAAUCAAACUGCAGAAACUUAUGAACCUGUGCCUGGAUUACCUGGAACGCUGCCAGAACUAAGUAAUAACUUCUUCAACUUAGAGCCUGGACACAUUCCGCUGCCUAAUAUGCCUCCACCGCCUUCUCUAUUAGUGCCUCCAAUGUACCCACCGCCGCCGCUACCUCAGUUUUUCUUCAACACUCGUCUGCCGACUUUCCCACCGCCAGACUUAGCUGCGGUUAGACCAGCUACUAGCACUAGUGCUAUUGAAAAUGUUGCAAUUGUCAACAAAAAUAACGUUCAUUAUCCUAGCCAGGAUCCAUCUAGAUUAGGAGCAACGCAGUUACAUGCAGAUUGUCAAGAAUAACUGUAAUAUUUUUAUA